AGUAAGUGGCAAGCUAGCUUAGCAAAGAAGUCAUCCAGAAAUUUGGACUGGAAGAGAUGGAGGCUGUGUACCACAGCUAUCACUGACAGCUGUUGUUCAAUUUAAAUAGUACUUAGAAUCAUAAAACCACUGACAUUCCCUUCGUGACACAGGGGUCAAAGGUCAGGCUGAGUCACCAUGGAGUCCAUGCUGAACAAGCUCAAAAGCACUGUCACCAAGGUGACGGCCGACAUGACCAGCGCCGUCAUGGGCAACCCGGUGACGCGUGAAUUUGAGGUGGGCCGCCACAUCGCCAGCGGCGGGCCCGGCAUGUGCUGGAGGAUCUACAACGGAACCAAGAAGUCAACCAAACAGGAGGUGGCUGUGUUUGUGUUUGAUAAAAAGAUGGUGGAGAAGUAUCAGAAGUUUGACAAGGACCAGAUCAUUGAGUCUCUGAAGAGAGGUGUGCAGCAGCUCACCAGACUGCGUCAUCCUCGUCUGCUCACUGUCCAGCACCCACUGGAGGAGUCGAGGGACUGCCUGGCGUUCUGUACAGAGCCAGUGUUUGCCAGUCUGUCCAAUGUGCUGGGUCAGUGGGACAACCUGCCCAGCCCCGUGCCCACAGACAUCAAGGACUACAAGCUGUACGACGUGGAGACCAAGUAUGGCCUGUUGCAGAUCUCGGAGGGCUUGUCAUUCCUACACAGCGGGGUGAAGAUGGUCCAUGGGAACCUGUGUCUGGAGAACGUCAUCCUCAACAAGAGCGGAGCCUGGAAGAUCAUGGGCUUUGACUUCAGCAUCUCCUCCACCAACCCCUCCGAUGCCGAGCCCAAGUAUUCCUGUAAGGAGUGGGAGCCCAACCUGCCGCCGCUCUGCCUGCCCAACCCAGAGUAUCUGGCCCCCGAGUACAUCCUGUCGGUGAGCUGCGACGCCGCCUCGGACAUGUACUCGCUGGGCGUGGUGAUGCACGCCGUCUUCAACGAGGGCAAGCCCGUGUUCCAGGUCAACAAGCACGACAUCUUCAAGAGCUUCAGCCGACAGCUGGACCAGCUUAGCAGACUGAGCCCCACCAUGUUGAAUAAGAUUCCUGAGGAGGUGAGGGAGCACGUCAAGAUGCUGCUGAGUGUCACGCCCAACGUCCGGCCUGACGCUGACCAGAUGACCAAGAUCCCCUUCUUUGAUGACGUGGGGGCGGUGACGCUGGCCUACUUUGACUCCCUCUUCCAGAGGGACAACCUGCAGAAGUCCCAGUUCUAUAAAAACCUGCCCAAGGUCUUGCCCAAGCUACCCAAGAGAGUGGUCGUGUAUCGUAUCCUCCCAGCCCUCACCUCGGAGUUCGUGAACCCAGACAUGGUGCCGUUCGUCCUGCCCAACGUGCUGCUAAUCGCAGAGGAGUGUACCAAGGACGAGUACGUCAGACUCAUCCUGCCGGACCUCAGCCCUGUGUUCAAGCAGCAGGAGCCUGUCCAGGCAAGCAAUAUGAUCCUGCUGAUCUUCCUGCAAAAGAUGGACCUGCUGCUGACCAAGACCCCACCGGAGGACAUUAAGAACAGCGUUCUGCCCAUGGUCUACAGAGCCCUGGAGGCCCCCUCCAUCCAGAUACAGGAGCUGUGUUUGAACAUAAUCCCUACCUUUGCCAACUUGAUUGAGUAUCCCUCCAUGAAGAACGCACUCAUCCCCCGCAUCAAGUCUGCCUGUCUACAGACCUCUUCACUUGCAGUGAGGGUGAACUCCCUGGUGUGCCUGGGGAAGAUUCUGGAGUACCUGGACAAAUGGUAUGUCAUUGACGAGAUCCUUCCCUUCCUGCAACAGAUCCCCUCCAGAGAACCAGCCGUACUCAUGGGGGUUUUAGGGAUCUACAAGUGUACCUUCUCCCAUAAGAAACUGGGCAUCCCCAAAGAGCACCUAGCCGCCAAGAGUCUGCCUCAUCUAGUCUCGCUCAGUAUAGACAACAACCUCAACCUCAACCAGUUUAACUCCUUCAUGGCUGUGAUCAAAGACAUGCUGACUCGUAUGGAGGCAGAGCACAAGACCAAACUGGAGCAGCUACACAGCAUGCAGGAACAACAGAGGAGUAUGAAUAUUAAUACUAGUCAGACCAACCAAUCGGAAGAGACGAAGCGCAGCCCCAGCCCUGGCAACCAGAUUGAUGAUGUCUUUGGAGGGAGUUCUGGGAGUGCAGGGGUUAAUGGGAAAGCGAACGGAAACUCUGCAUCAGCUCCCCAACUCAACAGAAUGUCUCUGACUCUGGAGGAGAAGCAGCGGUUAGCCAAGGAGCAGGAACAGGCAGCCAAACUAAGAAACCAGCCAGCACUAGCCCCCCAGAGUAUCAAACCAGCUACUCCUUCUACCCAGGCCAAGGACCUGACCAGCUGCCUGCUGAACAAUAUGACAUCCCUGGGCAGCCUGUCCCUCACCUCUCCCCCCAGACCAGGCCUCAUCCAGGGCAGCACCAUCUCAGCCUACCCCUCCACCACACCCAUGGGCUCUAUGGCCAGCAACGGCUACAACCCAACCAUGGGCUUCCAGACAGGGGGGCAGGGCAUGCGGCCCCCCGGCCCCGGCCUCUACGGAGGGAUGGCCACCACCACCAGCACCCCUAACUUUGGCGCCCUGACCCACAACCAAGGGAGUACCAACACCCCUGACAUGUCUGCCCUGGACUCCUUAUUCACUUCCAACAAGCCCAAAGUCAGCCUCAACCAAAUGGCUCCUCCCAAGCUCACCCCUGGGACCACCGCCACCCCCUGGCUUAAUCAGUUUGGUUCAGCCCAGCCCAGUCAGACUGCCCCGAUGCAGGGCGCGCCAUUAGUCAUGGGAGGGGUGACCAGCGGGUUCGGGAUGCAGGCCAACCCUUUCUUCAGCCCGCAGAACUUCUCUCAGCCCACGGCCGCUCCCGUAAUGAACGCAGGUGGUGGGCUCAGACACAGUUUGUCCGUCAACAACGACCUGAAAGACCUAUUUGGCUGAAAACAACUUUCCCCUCUUUUAAUGACGACAGACUGAUGAAAAAGGGAGGUGGACUUUUGAACUGCAAACAAGAAGAAAGACAAAUCCACUUUUUGGACCGACUGUGAAAAUGAUGAUGAAAUUCACUUGAUAUUUGUUGCUAUUUGUAUUUUAAUCUUCUGUGGUUUGGGUUGCAGUGUGGUUCUUCUAAGCUCCCAUCGGACUGAAGACUCAGCUUUUCAAUCUGCACGCGGAUUCCAAACCGUCUUGACUAGAGAGAGAGAGAGUGAGGGGAAAAGACACUUACGUUGUGUUCUGCUCUCAGUAAUGUUUGUGGGGGUUUCAUAUCGUUUCUUACCUGAGACACUUUGGGGUGAAAGGUUUAUUCUAGAAUGCAUCUCUUCUCCAUAAUCCCUGUUCUAUGUGCUAAGAUGAGCAGUGGCAUGGAGACCAGUCUUUCUCAGCCCAUUCCUUUUUAGCCCAGCGCCAACACAUGUUAUUCAUGCUGCCACCUCAGCAGCCUGCUAUAUCAUAUCAACGUGGUUCUUUUUAGUGGGGUCCUGUUGCUUUGAGGACGACAAUCCAGAAGAGCUGUAGAAUCGCCGGCUAAACCGCACAGGCGGAAAGGCCAAGUCUCCAUGGAAACGGUCUCCGCAGUAACACCCCACUCUAUUUUGGGAUUUUUAGUACCCAUGCUUUCUGUUCUCUGCCUAGAAUGAGAUGAUGGAUAAGGAUUCAACAGUGAUGUCAAGAUUCUUACAGUAUAGAUGAAUCCAAAUGAAACUGGAUGGAAGUGAAAAUCUAAUGGAAGCUUAUUGGUUGCGUACACAGCUUAGCAGAUGUUAUAGUGGGUGCGGUGAAAUGUUACUGGCAAUUCUGCAGUUUCUACAUCUGACCUAAAAAAAAAGAAGGUAUUUUCUGAGACGAAAUCCAGUUCAACGACCAGUUUGAAAAGGGAGGGGUUGAUUGUGUUUAGGCAAUUAGUCUGGUUAGGGAUUGUUAUCCACACAGAAUCCUGUGCGUGCUGUGAGGGUGACCGUUACACACUGAGGCUACCUUCCUCAUUGAAGUAACUCACCUGCAUAUGUACUGAAUGGUUUGCUGUAAGGGAGUGAUUGGUCGAUAUAUACUGGGAAUUGUGAAUGAAUGUGAAGUAGUAUACACGUGUGCAUAUUGAAAUGUCAGCACAAUCCUAAUUCAUUGAGUUAGUUUGCCCGGUGUCUGGUGACUUUAGCCCUGUGUGUUCCUGUUUUGUAAUACCCCCUCUGACUUCAUCAAUGGGUUCCCUUCCAUCAUGUUACUGACCUGACCAAGCUGGGACACCACCAACGAUUGUGAUCCUGUUGAAAUGUGGUGAAUUUAGUAAUGAAUUAUUUUAUUCCAUGCAUCAAACCAGGCUGCUUUCAACAAAGCAAGCAAUCUGUGCAUUUUAAGUUAAUCGUUGGACAUAUAUCAAAUGCAGUUUUUAUAUAUAUAUAUAUACGUAUAUUAUGAGUUGAGCACUUUUUCGUUGAAGGGGACCUGUCCUAAAUUGUAGAUAAAUAAAUCUAUUUAAAAUGGGAGAGCUCUUAAAGGGGCCCCUGGGUUGUUGUGAUGAUGAUUGAGAGGCCUUAGAGGAGCGCUGUUUGCAGUAAUAAUCCUUGGUGGUGGAACUAAGUCGGUGGCUGCAUUUUAAUAGUCAAAAGUAGUCUCCUUUCCUCGUCCCCUUUGCGUUUCUCCUUCAUCUGCACUGAUCUGAAAUCCCAGGAUAGGUGAAAGCCCAAUGGGCAAAAUGGGACAGGAGUGUCAUCUCACCUAUCCACCUGUUGCAGACUAGUGCAGGUGAAGGAAGGAGAUGAGAAAAGGACGCUAUUGUAAACUUUUGAGACCAACCCCCUUGUGUGAAUCCUCACUGAAUGCUGUUUGCAGACUGGAAGAUGUGGGUUUUGUUAGGUAACUGAACACAUGCUAACUUAUAUUCACAGGUCUUUGUUGGAUUUAAAAAAAUAAAUGUAUGCCUACUGUAAACCGUGACUAGGUGAGCUGGCACUGAGCUGGCACAAUGAUAAUGUCAUGGGCUCAUGUAUAACAAAAAGGUGGUCCUUCUGGGUUGUAAACCUCUUUCUAUUGGACACAAGUGAUGGAGGUCUGUCCUGAUUGGGCAAAGACCUCUCUGAUGUCCAUCUUUCACGAAAGGUAGCCGCAAUGUUCAUGUGAUUGUAACUAUGACGACGGAAGCCUGUUUGAGGGCGAGAACUGGAUUGCAUUUCCUGUCAUCGUGACUCGUGCGUUUGGACGCGAGGACAAAAAAGAAAGCCUAUUCUUCUACAAGAGUUCUGAUCCUUUGUAUCCUACUGCUGUCAUAUGUGUCGUGUGGCCUCUAUGAUCUAUGUAUUGUGUGAUGUUGUCUGAGGUGGUUCAAUGAAAAUCUGUACAUAUAUAUGAAAAUACACAAUCUAAUAUUCUC